UAACGGAUAUUAAGUGCAGAUGGCAGAAGAUUUUCACUUUCGUGGUAUCAGAGGGAGGAAACCUUGCCGCCGAGGGGAACUCCAUUAAUGAAAGAGAUAGAAGCGAAGAAAGGGAAACCCUAGAAGGAGUGUUCCGACUUGGGAAUCGCUGGAACUUAAAAGCGGUCGAUUGGAUGCAAUGGUUUAAAAUGCUGCUCGGUGAGGAAUGCUGAAACCCUAGCUGAAUUCUUCGAGAUCGGAGGUAGUGGGGUGCGAGAGAGGCCGAGGAACUAAGGGGAGACUGUCAUGUUGUUGUAUGAAGUAAUUUAGCCAUUGGUAAAUUUAGUUUAUUUGCAUCACUAAAUUAAGGUAUGUUGAGAUUAUAAGUCUUGGAUCUCUGUAAAAGAAAGGUUGUGGUAGAAGAUGCCACCUUCACCAGCAUUAAGGUGCUCACCUGGGAGAGAGCAGAAGACAGAAAAUAGUCACAAGAGGGGUCGAAGUUUUGAGAGUGGAUUGACUCUUAAAGCAAAUGAUGAUGACCUUGUGCUAUUCAAUGAAGUGCAAAACCGAGAGAGAGAUAGCUUCCUUCUUCAUACAACUGAUGAUUUUGAAGGCUCUCUUUCAAAGUUAAAGAACCUUUCAGAUUUCAAGUUUGGCAUUAAGAUCCCGUCAAGGGGAAAUAGCAGUGACCUGCUGAAUAUGGAAGAUGAAAAAAAUGACUAUGAUUGGCUAUUAACUCCUCCUGAAACACCUCUUUUUCGAACAUUGGAUGACAACGAUCCUCAACCAGUUAAUCCUGUAUCUAGAGGCAGGCUGAGAAGCCAAGCUAUUCCAAUUUCAAGAUCAUUGACUGAUAAGAAUUACCGGACAAGUAGAACUAGUUAUAGUCCACAGAGAUUAAGCCUAUCUCCUCAAUCUAGUGGUUCUUCUGCACAAAUGAAAGGGAUAUCAUCUUCAGCCCCACAGUCUAGUCCACCUCCUGCCAUUCGGUCUACAACCCCCACCCAAAGGUCCCGUACACCUCCGAAUAAACCAUCCAGACCUGCUUCCUGGUCCUCAACUCCAACAUUACAAAUGGUACACACAAGUUCUAGAAUCCAGGCACCAAGCUAUGGAAGAAAAGGAGCAUCUCCAGUGAAGGCAAGACGUGGGAAUUAUGCUUCACCAAAGUCACAAGGGUGGCAAACGACCCUCUCUGGUUUUAACUCAGAGGCAUCUCCAAACCUACCAUCUUCAUUAUCAGAUCGAUCAGUUUCAAAUUUGAGAGGUUCUUCUCCUGCAUCUAGAAAUGGGAGGGAGUUUUCGAUGAAAAUUGGCGGGAAAUGGAUGUCACCAACUAGUUCAAGAAGCAUUAGUUCAUCUCAUAGUGAAGAAAGAGACCACUUCAGUUCCUAUAGUAAGGGAUCUAUGGCAUAUUCUGGUGACGAUGAUGAAGAAUUUCUACAUUCUAUUACAGUCGGAAUUUCUAGAUGUAACCUUCCCAGAAAAGAUGGAGUUUUGACUAACAAUAAAGCUAUGUCAUUCUCUAGAAAGCCAUCUAGAGCUUUGCCAUCAAAUUCUGUCCCCAAAAGGUCUUUCAAUUCUUCUCUUAGAUUGGUGGAUCAGCGCAAAACACCUCAGAGUAUGUUCAGGCCACUUUUAUCAAGUGUCCCUGCAACCACUUUCCGACCCCCUUUUUCUAGGAACUCAUCCUUUACAACGAGCAGUAAUACUAAUAGAAGCUCAGAACAAGGUGUUUUUAGUGUUGCACCGGAUGUGGAGGGUAGUGAUCGUGAACAAAAUGGUAUGCCUGAUAGAUGGGAAAGGGCUGAAGAUUUUGAUUCCCAUGAGGAAGUAUUUUUGUUCGAUAAAGCAGAUCAGAUUAUCAGAGAUGCAAAUGGUGAGGCACUCUGUGGAAAACAUAGUGGUUAUGAUAAGGAAUUUUCUGAAAAUUUGAAAAAGAAACAUAAUUCUGAAGAUAUCCAGAAUCCCAUGCGUAGCAUUGGUGAUGUAACAAAUAGUAUAGAUAGUUUUGUGUUAGCACAAUGUGCUGAAAAUCAGGGUGAUAGUGAUGGCUAUCUAAUUAAGGCAGUUUGCUCUAAAUGUGGCAAAGAGUUAGACAUUGAAGAUAUUAGUAGAAACAAAAAAAUUUGCGAAGAAUGUGGUGAAAAUAGGUUUCGUACUGCAGAAAUAGCUUCUACUUCUGUGCGUUUCACCGUAAAUGAAGUUCAAUCUCAGAUGGACACAGUAAUGGAGGAGUUAAGCAAGGGCGAGCAGCUUAAUAGUAGAGUGGUUGAAUUCCAUAAAGAUGAUAACAGAGGGGUGAUGCUUGAUAAACAUGGGAUGAACAUUAACCUGGGGGAUAAUCUCUUUCAAAACAUCCUUUCCAUGGAGUUUUUGGAUCAGAAGGAGUCUCAGCUUUCUGAUCAGCAUCUGGACAUUAACAGGAACACAAAUGUUGCCGAGGAUUGCAGAGGCAGCACACGUCAGUCGUCAAAUCAUGAUGUUAAUCCCAGUUUAAAAGUUGAUGCUCCAGAAAGUGCAGGUAUCUCAGUGGUUCUACUGCAGGGAUCCGCCGGCACCAAGCGACCCAUUUUACAAAGAAAGUCUUUGUCUCUUACAAAUAUUUUUUGCUCCGAACCUUCUUAUUCAAGAAAUAAUGUUGAUCCCUCGAGAAGAAGCUUUGGACUAGAUAGUUCUUCUGCUACUUCAUCCAUUGAUCUCGGAUUGUCUAUUCAGACAGAGGCUUAUGUUCAGUACCUGUCCAGUAGGAAAAGUGAGGCACUUAGUAUAGAAAGGAACAUUGAGAGCCUUGUACAAAGCGUGAGUUCAGAUUGUGAUGCUUCAAGUAAUUACUAUGAACCCAGGCACCUCGGAAAUAAAUUUGAUGAAAAAACUAGCUGUUCUACAGAGUGUUUACGAUAUGACUCAUUAAGAGAAAUGAAAGUGGUUCCUGAAGAGUGCGCUAACUCUUUGGAUCUAUCAAAUUUGGAUUCCACUCCAUCUUCAAGGCCAGUAAAUUCUGAGGAUUGCAGAUCUGUGCAUGCUGAUAGUUGCAGGACAGUAAGCUCCUCUGAAUCACGAAGUCUGAACCAUCAACAAAAUAAUGAUUUGCCUUGUUCUUCAGUAGUAGAUUUUAUGUGUGCCAAGGAAUGCACAUCAUCAUUAAAUUCUGAUGAAGACCAUCAAAAUAGUGGAAACAAUGUUGAAGCUAUAAAAAAAACAAGUGAUAUUAGUGUUUUCUCUGAAAUGGAAGAACACCGCAUUCUGCCGAACCAUACAUUCGAAAAUGUUAUCUUUGAUGCAGCAACCAAUAACUGUUCUAUCGGGACUGCUGAAUCAAAUGAUGGCCACAUUGAGCUUGGGGAUGGGAAAACUGAGUGUAUGCCCUUCCGUGAGCCACCUUCUCCGGGACUUUCAAAUGAGCAUACUAUCCCCCAAAAAUCAGAAAAUGAAGUAUCCCUUUGUUCCUCAGAAUUUGUGACGGCAGUCCUUGAAACUGGUGAAUCAGCUAUAAUGGUUGAAGGCCCAAAGAACAAUCAAUCAAGGAACUUAACGUUAGAAGAAGCAACAGACACCAUUUUGUUCUGCAGUUCCAUUAUUCAUGACUUGGCCUAUAAAGCCACCACUAUUGCCAUGGAAAAGGACCAAAAGGCAAUUCUUGAGCAGUACUCUCCUCCUCCUACAGUAAAAAUCAUGGAAAAACCCAUCCCUGGCCUGAGGGAAGGAUCGCGAAAUCUCUCCGAUAAGCGUCGAACUCAAGCAUCGAGGAAGCUCGAGCGAAAGAAAACUGAAGCGCGGAGUGAGUUGCCUCUUAGAGAGUUAAAGAAUGAAAAUCAUGCAGAUUCGGAAGAAUUCGCUGCUUCGAAUGAUGAAAUUCCUAAGAAGGUUGACAGUGCAAGGCCUCCUAAGUUAGAAUCCAAGUGCAAUUGCUCUGUGAUGUAGAUGUUUCUUAGAUUCUGGAUUAUGGAUAUAUUUAUAUA